GAAACUGGUGAGACUGUUCAGAGCAGCAGCAACAGGAGGUGAAAGCUGGAGUGGUUCAACUGUCAAGGUCACUGAUCCAGACCGCUACGACCCAGAUCACUGACCACAGCUGAUGUUUCCUGAAGGUUUUACAGGACCAGGUUCUGUGGUCCAGGCACUCUGCAGUCGGAGCCGUCUGGAGGUUUAUUCUGAUGGGAGACAGAACAGGAGCCAUAUGGAGUAGAAGUCAUCCCGGCACAGGUAAACACCCACAUGGAUCCAAAAUCAUCUGAAAAUCUACAGCUCAGGAACAUUAACACUGGAUGGUGCAGAGUACGAGGAUGACAGAGAAGAAGCUUGACAGAAUCCCAGGCGUACAAGUCUCAGCCUUGUUCAAAUCCUUCCUCACAUGAAAAUUACUUCAGUCCUCACAAUGUCAUCCAGAGGUGGGCUUCCUCCCAAUAUCAGUGUCCCAGUCCUCCAUGAGGUCCUUAGUUCCUCACCCUCCUCUUCUCCCUCCAUCACGUCUCCAUCUUGCAGCAUAGAUGAGUCCUACAAGUACAUCUUCCUCCCCAUCUGUUACUCCUUCACCUUCAUCUUCAGCAUCCUCCUUAACUCUGUCGUCCUCUUCCGUUCCUUCCGCCAGACCAAACGCUGGAACGCCUCUCUGAUCUACAUGGUCAACCUGGCCUCCACGGACUUCAUGUACGGCCUGUCGCUGCCAUUCCUUGUGGCCAGUUACAUCAUGCGUGACCGCUGGAUCUUUGGGGACUUCAUGUGCCGCCUGGUCCGUUUCCUCUUCUACUUUAACCUCUACUGUUCCAUCUUCUUCCUCACUUGCAUCUCUGUCCACAGGUACCUUGGUAUCUGCCACCCAAUGAAAGUCAUCACACUGGAGACCAAGAAGGCUGUCAAGUGCACUUGUGUCCUAGUUUGGAUUGUGGUUUUUGCUCUGACCUGCCCUAUCUUCCGGUUUGCUCAGACUGGUCAUGUGACAAGAUCUGGGGGGCCUGGCACCAAUGCAAGCAGUACUGGCAACCCAAGCCAUGAGAUAUCAUUGAUAAAUGGUAAUGCAAGCCAUGGUAACUUGGGAGGGGUCACUGAGGAGUACCAGAACUGUUGGGACGAUGCCAUUGAUAAGGAGUUUCCUGAUUAUGUACCCUAUGGCAUCAUACUCCACCUGCUGGGCUUUUUUGUACCCUUUUCCAUAAUAGCUUGGUGUUACUCUCACGUUGUUCUGACCAUAUUCAGGACUCUGCAUUCACGGCCCUCAUCCCGCAGAGGUCCAAGAGAAGGAGGACAUGAAGGAGUGGACAGAACAAGAACAAGCCCUGUGAUAGUUGGGAGGGAAAGAAGAGGAAGCAAUGGACUGUCAAGGCCAGUGAGAAGAGAUGAAGGGAUUUCCAUUUUUCUUGGCGCCCACUCUCCAUACGCCAAUCGCAGACGUAAAUCUAUCAAAACCAUUAUCACCAUCACCCUCCUCUUUGCUCUGUGUUUCUUCCCCUUUCAUGUUACUAGAACCAUCUUCCUCCUGUUGAAGGUGACUAACAGAGUCCCCUGUCACACCAUGACCAUGGUCUCCAUGUGCUAUAAGAUUACGAGGCCUUUGGCAUCAUUCAACGCAUGGCUCAAUGCCCUCCUUUACUUCCUGACCAAAGACAAGGGUGGAGCUCACUGCUGCCAGAUAGUAAACAGCAAUACCAGACAACAUGCUGGGCUUCUGUUGCCCCUGAGGAUGAUGGGAAAAGGAGAGGAUCCAGAGGAGGGAGGGAUGGACGAUGGAAUUGACAAUAAGGAGAAUAAAGCAUUUCAUAACAGUCCGUCAUACAUGAAAAGAGCCAAAGUCAGGUAUAUAGUUGAAUGAAUGUUUUUAGAGAGAGAGAUGAGAGAUGAAUGCACUGUAGGUUUUCUUUUACUGGAAAAAUUAUCAUAUUUAAUAUGAGCACUGCAGCUAAAGCAGUGAUUCAAAAUGACCUUCUUAUUUCUAAUGUUUUAAAGUUACCUGGUUGGUAAAUGCAAGAUGAAUGCAAAUGUAACACCUCAUCCAGGUGAAUCUCUUAUUGUGUUGUGGUGUAUAUUUAUGAUGUGUGUUACACUGGGAUCCCUAACUUCUGUCUAAAUGUCAUCCAACCAGAUCUAGAGGAAAAAACCCUGUUCAAAUGGCUACAAUCAAAAGGCGAGGGUGAGACACACUGACUGCUCAGAUGGGCAUAUGGGUACAUUUUCAGUCUCUCUGUGAAAGCGCUCACAGUGUUUAACAGAAGUAAUCCUGUGAAGUAUGAAAAGACAGAGCCUGCAUACUCUCACAACUUUGUACACCUUGCCAGUUGCUGUUGUUAAGUGAUCGUGUGAGUUCAUGUCUGCACCAUUAUCCCUGUUUGUGCAAGUAAUUAUGCCUCGCCCUGUCAAUGAUGGCAGGCUAAAAGUUUCAGACUCUGUUAGACAAUCUGACAAUCAGUGUUGGGCAAGUUACUUCAAAACUCUAACUAAUUACUCAUUGGAAAAAUUAUUAUAUUACUUAACUAAUUACAAAAGUAAUGUGUUACAUUAGUUACUUUACUUUCAUAACUCAGCCCAACUUUUAACCUGCUCCAAAGCCUUCACACUUGCACGUCAUAUCUUUGGUAUUUAACAAGUGUAGAAACAGAAAAAGAAAUUGUGGUCUAAUGAGCAGUCAGACUUACUGACUAAUCACCAGCCUCAGUGACAGCAUGGUUACACAACCUUCAACUCUAGAUAAAACUGCUGACUCUAGGCAUACUCAUGGCUAACACUAACAAGAACACACAAUAUGUAAUAAGACAACCUUGGAAUUACCAGGAAUCAUAUUUUUGCUCAUUUGGUAGAGGCACUGCCUGCCCCCAUUCACUGAUGAUUCACAGUUAUGAGAUAGGUUUUCACUGCCAUUCAGUCUUCAAAUAUUUUUCUACCAAACACAGUGAUGAUCAUAUGAUGUGAUGAUGGUAUGGUCAUUUGAACCACUUGUUUGACAGGAAGUGCUUGGCAGAUCAGCAUCUGAAGCCCCUCCCCUCACACCUCUGUGAUGUCAGGGUUUGUCGGGCUGCUUCUGACAGUUUUUAUCACUCCCUGAACCUGAUGUAUGAAGGGUUUGAAUCUCUGUUUUUGUUCAUUCUUCACAUGAUUAAUUCAGUUAAUAUUUGUGUGUACAGCUACACUAUGAAUCCCUUCAACAGAGAGACUGAAAAGUGUGCUUCAUUAUCCCUGUUUGUGCGACUCAUCAUGCCUUGCUCCUGUCAAUGACGGAAGGCUUUUCACGCCACCUUCAAAUGUAGCCAUUCAGAACAACUUUAAACCCUUACACUCUGCUAUCAAUAUAGAUUUAACCACCAACGAAGACAAAACUGACUGAAUUUUGAUUCAUGCCUUCACUUAUUCCAGACUUCAGCGUUUUUUGUGUUUUUCUCUUGUACAGCCCCAGUCAUCUGUCAAAAACCUAAACAGAAAAUUUGAUCACUUUUUACCAGCCUCAAUCCAUCUCUACUGCCAGCGUCAGAGCAGAUGUAAAAAAAAAACUCUGCCUUUUAGAUCUCAGUACACCAGUUACACCUGUAAAUACUCUUCAUUCUGUUCAUUUUCUGCAGUGGCCUUGACCUUAAGUCUUCCCUCUUGCCUUAGAAAGCUUCUUCAUUGGAAACACAUUAUGUAGAACCGACUGCAGCUUAUUUGACUGGUUCACCACAUCUGUAACCUUCAUCCUAGAUUUUACCAUUUUUAAUCUUCAUUGUUUUAUCAUUUUAUAAUUAACAUUGUCACCAGUUUUGUAGUUAUUACUGUUUCACUUUCUGUGUCUCAAUUCAGGGGUCAUAUCCUUCGAAGGACGCGGUCUACGAAGGCCUUUAGCCAUUGUCAACUGUCAUGGCUAAACUAAAAUGAGGUGGUCCGAGCUAGAGAGUUUUGAAAAUUGAUUCCGUAGUGAUCAUAUAAUCCAUCGAUGAUAGUGAUGAAUCUUGGGAUAGAUUGGGCCACAUCCGUUGCCUGGGAAAACAAAGGACGCAUUUCGCUGCUACAUUUAAAGGAACCUUUGAAAUGGGAGGCCCCUGAACUGAGACACAGCUCCUGUCUUAUCUUAAUGGUGUAUUGAUGCAGCAUACAAUGUUAGUACUCCUGCUAAUAUUGUUUUUUGUAAAUAUGAUUCACCUUAAGUGUGAUAAUGCACUCAAAUAAAUCUUGAUUUGACUUAAACCUAAA